UUAUCGUAAUUAAAGAAUUGAUAUCUCAAUAAUGAAAUGUUAAAGUAAAAGUUUAAGAAUGUUAUUAUUAAAAGAAAAGGGUUAAAUGAUUUAAUUAAUCAAGCUAAUAUUUAUGAAACAAAGUCGGCAUAUUGGCAGUCAUCUGCUGCUCAGAUUAAAUUGAAAUGCACAAAUUGGACAAAAUUCACAUUCUUGUUCAAUCUUGGCGCCCUUGCAAAUAUCGACAAAUGGCAGAUACGUCAACGCGCAUUGAAGCGUGUUGCAUUCACUAAACAAGCCCAUAUGUACUCAUUUUUCAGUUUGAUUAUAAUGUUACUUAAUAAUUUAAUCAUAAAAAAAAACUCUGAUAAAGAAUAUGCAUGUAUAUUAUAAAAUGUGAAUAUGAAAAUUAUGUAAUUACUUUAUAAAUGAAAAAAGGUUAUGUUUUUAUCACAUAAACAUUAUCGAAGAAAAUGAUAAUUAGAAAUUUCCCGAUUCAAUGGAUUAUGGGAAUUAUAACUUUUGUUAUUAUCUUAUAUCUAAAAAUAAAAAUGGAUAAUCUUAAGGAUCAAAAUAAAAUACUAUUUGAUACGCUUACAAGGAUUCAAAAUCAAAUAAAGUACGCUAAAUUAGACUACUCAUCUUCAUCCACAAAUGCACAAAAUCAUCAAUUAAAACCACCAUAUUAUGAUGAUAUUUUAAUGAUAUAUAAUAGAGUUCCAAAAACUGGUUCUACAAGUUUUGUAGGGGUUGUUUACGAAUUGUGCAAGCAAAAUAAAUUUCAUGCAUUACACAUUAAUGUAUCGAAUAAUAUGCAUACUUUGACGCUUUCCAAUCAAAUUCAAUUUGUAAAUAAUAUUACACAGUGGGAUGGCAUGAAACCGGCUUUCUAUCACGGUCAUAUGGCAUUCAUAAAUUUUCAUAAGUUUGGCGUUAAACAAAUACCUCUAUACAUAAAUUUACUAAGAAAACCCCUCGAUAGAUUUGUUUCAUAUUAUUAUUUUCUUCGUUAUGGAGAUAAUUUUAGACCACAUUUGAUACGAAAAAAACAUGGUGAUACAAAAACGUUUGACGAAUGUGUUAAAAAUGAUCAAGCUGAUUGUGAUCCUAAUAAUAUGUGGUUACAAAUUCCAUUUUUAUGUGGCCAUGAUCCAGAUUGCUGGCAAGUUGGAAAUAAAUGGGCUUUAGAAGAAGCUAAAAGGAAUUUAGCCAAUAAUUAUCUUUUAGUUGGAGUCACGGAAGAAUUAGAUGAAUUUAUACAAAUUUUACAGAUUAUUUUUCCACGCUUUUUUCGAGGUGCUUAUGACUAUUUUGUACACAGUAAUAAGUCGCAUCUACGACAAACAACUCAAAAAAUAAAUCCUCUUCCAGAAACAAUAAGGAAAAUUCACAAUUCUACUGUUUGGCAAAUGGAGAAUGAACUUUAUAACUAUGCGCUAGCUCAUUUUCAUAAUGUAAAAAAAAGAUUAUUUAAAGCUAAUCCUCAAGAUUUAUAUCAGCAUUUUAUGUACGAAAAAAUUCGACCAAAAUAACAAAUUUUUUAAAAAUGUUUACU